UUGAGCAACCCGGGGGAUGCACAACAGAUGUAACACCAGCAGGGAAGUGCGACAUUCAGAGUUUGAGAUCAGUGAAGAGAACAACCAAUGCACAUCGACGAAUAGAAAGACAGGAAGUUGACAGAAUGCUGAUGAACCACACAAACCAAACGGAGGACGACCUCUUCUCCUGCUACAGUCCCUCCGUUGUGAGCUACCGGUACUUCGCUGUGCUGUGGGGAUGUGCUGUGACCAUCACUGGAACAGUCGGGAACCUGAUGACCAUUCUGGCCUUCGCCUUAGACCCACGUCUGAGGACUCGCUUCAAUGUGCUGAUCAUCAACCUGGCCAUAGCUGAUCUCCUUUACUGCACCAUACUGCAGCCUAUCUCUGUCGACUCCUACCUACACCUCAGAUGGCGCAGUGGAGAGCUCUGGUGCACCCUCUUCGGCCUGCUGCUCUUCCUCUCCAACGCUGUCUCCAUCAUCACCCUUUGCCUGGUGGCAGUGAGCAGAUAUCUCCUGGUUGCAAAGCGGACUGUGUUUGAUCGUGUCUUCUCUGACCGAGGUCUGAUGUUACUCCUGGCCUCGGCAUGGGCGCUCGGCCUGGCCAGCUUCGGCCCGCUCUGGUCUGUCUACGUGUUCGUGCCACAGGUGUGCACAUGCAGCUUCCAUCGUACCAGGGGUCGCCCCUACACCACCAUCCUGCUCUUUUUCUACUUUUUUGUUGGUCUGACCUGUGUCGGUGUAUUCUACCUACUCAUCUACAAACGUGUCCAGAUUGCCUCGCAGGCCCUGCUUCGCUACAGGCCCAGCCGCAGGUCGUCCAGGAGGAAACCAGCUUCCUCAGUGCAAGGGACUGAUGACAGUGGUGUAGAGAGUGGCAUGGCCAACACAUGUAGCUGUGAAAUAAGCAGUCAGGCAGAUCUGACACAAAGCAAAGAUGUUAUACCCUACAAAAUGGUCAACCAAUCUACCCAGAGCUCUGCCACAUCCUCAAAUCCAUCAGCAGUCAACAGGCCUCCUGAUCUCACCCCUGCACCCACCUCCUCCACAGCUGCAGCAUUAACUUCCCCCUCAGCCACUUCAGGAGAUGAUGGCGAAUUCAAGCGAGUGACCCGCAUGUGCUUCAUUGUUUUCCUGUGUUUCGUGUGCUGCUUCGUGCCCUUCAUGCUGCUCAACAUAGCCGACAAACACAACCGCGCCCCACAGGUACUGCACAUGUUCUGUGCAAACCUCACGUGGCUCAACAGCUGCAUCAACCCCGUGCUUUAUGCCGUCAUGAACCGACAGUUUCGCCAGGCCUACCAUCUGCUGCUCACCAGGGCCGCUGUGCCCUUCACCAGCCUCUGGACCAGGAUGAUAUCAUUCUAGUGGAAUACAAGGCUUUUACUCUGUUUGAAAUGUAAGUUGUGUGAAGUUGUGAGACUUAGUUUGUAGAAAGAAUGAAUGAAAAGAGUAAGGCAGGGUCUUAGUUUUCAUAUAGUGAACAAAAGUUUGAAUUUGUUGUCAAGUUGCAAUGUUGCUGUCGAAAUUUGGUCUAACGAGCCUGGACAUGAUUUAGUUUAGUGUCUGUUACAUCACACACAAAAAAACACUGCUGUUACAAAAUCAGCACUGGAUAUCCCCGUCUAACAUAACAUGCCUCAUUUCAAUAACACAGGAACCUAUGACUCUUACCAGUGACUCAUCUCCCAAUGAGUGUUAACAUGCUCCCAGUGUAUGACUCAUGGUGGCCAAGAGACCUCAACGCACGGCAGAUUAAGGAAACACAUGCAAACAGAAAAAAACAAGUGCAACUUUUGGCAGCGCAUGGGUCAAAGUGAUAUUUUCUGAGUUCAGUAUAGCACCUUAAGAUUAGGUAAAUUUGUGAAUAGGAAGUUGGUAGACGAGUGCCUCCUACUUCAUGUUGGUGAUGUAGACCUGCUCCACCUCAUCAGGCUGUAUAUUUAUUCAAAAGUGUGAGGUCUGGCCUGAGGGGGGCAGCAGGGGAAGGGGUAUGCUGUCCCCAGCAUUAUGGCCAAUUUAAAACAUCUCACACGGGAAGCAAAUGGAGUUUGACGUACCUACCAUGAACCAAAUCAGUCUAAUAAUCAGUCUUGGGUUAUGUAAUAUUAGUGAUAUACUGAUAAAAAGUGAAUGCGACUCUGAUGUCGAGUUGCGAAUUCGCAGAACAGAGCAACAUUCGAAGUUGUGUUUCUGGUCACAUGAUGAAAAAUAAUCAGUGCAUAUUUUUUGCAACUUGGCACGUGUGUUCAUAAAAAAUAUUCAUUAAUGAUAGAAUAUACAAACAUCCAUUUAUGUAGUAUGGCCAGUAACCUUUAUUUUGACUUAAAUGAGCAGGUUGACAUAAAAGCAAUUUUAUAACGAUUCUGCAACAUUAAAAAACACAGAAGGACUUUAAACAAUUAAGGUUUCACUUUUCUAGCAUUCUUCAGCUGUCUUAAAAUAAAGAGGGACCCUGAAUCCAACAUUUUCCGUAGGUGGGAGGGUCUAGUGCAAGUGCCUGAUAGACUAAUGCAGUGAGUUAACUAAAUGAUAUCCUCUGUGGCCUUACAAUAUCUUCCAACAACAAUAAACAUGAUAAAAUAAAUUAUAAAUAUUUGAUUCUAAAAAAGCUACUCUAAACAUUGACUGUCAGGAUUAUGAAAAGUUGUAUUUCAAAUAAAACUACUUGUUAACUGUG